UUUGACGGCAAUAUUCAUAUAAAAUUUAGAAUUAAAGCUUCGCGAGUAAACUUUGUUGGGAAGCGCAUCCAUGUCUGAUACCAGUAAGGGAAAGGAGGCGCACGUGGAAGAACAUCGUUAUACAGAGAAGGAGUGGAAAACUGAUAAGGAUUCUUCUGGUUACAAACAGACAACGACUCAAGACUCAGGUAUGUCGCAACAGGCUCUGCAAACAUCCGCAGGCAGUACCAGCAAGAAUGAGACUGGAGACGGAGAUGGUCCUUUACUAAAAAAAGUUAUUAUUGACGACGAAGGUGAUUCAAAGGAAAGCGAUAAUAGUACUGAAGAUACAGUUGUUGGUUUGACAUAUCAGGAUCAUAAUUAUGGAAGACGAUCUGGAAACGCACAGAAAAAUGAUGGAGAAAAUGGAGAGAAAUUUCCUAUUAUUGGUGGACUUGCUUCUUACAUCGGGGAUGAAAUCAGUAAAGUUCCUGCAGGAUAUCACUCUCGGGAUACAAACUCGGGACACUUUUUAAGAUCGCACAAUUAUGGAAUGCAUUAUCGAAAGAUAUCGGAAAUGGAUCCACGCACGUCUUGUAGAAUAUAUUCUGGUGCUUUGGGUGGAUGUCGGACGAAUCAGAUGCGAAGGUUGCCAGUUUCUUCCAGCGGGCAGAUAUUUUCCCGACAAACUCCCAUCACAGCUACUCAAAAUUACCGGACACCUCGUCGAGGUUCAGGAGGAACUCAUAUAUCGGCUAAUAAUCAAAGUGAUGUAUUGUUCCGCUCACGUCAUUUCAUCGGUUCCGGUGGUGCGUUUGGAGCACCUGUACCAUCGAACAAAAGAGUCCUUCGACCAGCACAUCCUCUAACUCCUGCAGUACCAACUUUUCGUCAGAGUGUACGUCAAGUAAUUCCUACUAGCAAAUCGAUUUCGGCAACAAUGCCUGCUUAUGCGACAGCAUUUAAUGUAACAGGUACUGAUUCCGAAACACAUGCCGCAGAUAUGAGUGUUGGUUUGGCACCGUUUCUCGUUCCAUCUCGACGGCCUCGUCCAGUUGUCCGGAACCGAGUGCGAGCAUCACGCGAACCAGGUAAAGGAGCAGAACUGUUAUUGCAGAAAACUGUCGCCAAUGACCCCCAGAUAGACAAUACUGUUCACACCGAAAAGCAGUCUGAAAUUAUUACUACUUCCCGACAACAUCUCUCGAAAAAUGUGACUGGUAAUAGUGAAGUUGUUAAACAGCAGUAUAUCAUGGCGGAGCCUCUUGAACCUUGUCAUGUUCCUCGUAUUCAGCAUGCUGCUCAACAGCGUGCAGUCCCAAAUGAUUCGAUGAGCAUGAUUGUGGAUGAACAGCUGUCACCGAAAAGUCUUCAAAAUUCCUCUACGGUGGUUCACUGUAAAGAAGAGCAGGAAACAUCUCCACAGAGUCUUUCUGCUGAUUCUCGUGAACCGAUUUACGUCAAUAAUGAUGACAGAAUACGUGAUCCUCAACAAAUUGCUCAAACUUGUAUAGCCUUUCCUCAUCGUUCGCAACAGGAUAUCACAAAAUAUGUUGACGAUCAUUAUCGGAAGCUUCAAAAGGAAUCAUUCGUCGCUAAUUCUCGUCAGCUUCUUACUCGACAACUCGAUGAGCUCCAGAUGCGACAGCCACGAAUUCGUCAUUCCGAAACCGUCGCUUUCGAUAGUUCUAAGAAAAUGAAAGAGGGUCGUGUCGCUCAGCAGUCUGUGACGCAAUCUGUAACAAGCGUUCCGGGAAUUGGUCUACAUCGGCAGGAACCGAUGUCAUCUGAACAUGUCGGUCUUAAUCAAAAUCGUGUGUUUGAUUCACAACAGCAAAAGGUAAUGCACUCAACAUCGCUUGCGACAGAAAUCCCCAUGUUGCCGUCCAAAGACAGAACAGCAAGUGAUAAUAUCCCAGCAGCAUCAGACGUUACUUUGGAAAAAACUGAUUAUAAAGUUUCCUUGGUCGAAGAUAUAUCGAGUGGAGAGGAACCACAUGUUUUUAAUGAAACAUGUAAUGAGGCUUUGGAGCAGCGAGUUUCUGUUGCAACGCGUUCAUCGAUUAGUGGAGCGGAGGAGGAGACGAGUGUGAAUGGUAAUGUUGAUGAAAAAGGAACGGAAGAUGAAGGUGUUCGAACCACUAAAAUAGUUACAGGUUUAGAUUCGCCAUCAAACAGUAACAGUGAGGACGAUUGGGAAGAAGAAUACACGACGCGUUGUUACUGUGGCUUGAAUCAUAACGACGAAUUCAUGAUACAGUGUGAUGUGUGCAAUGUAUGGCAACACGGGAAAUGUAUGGACAUUGAUCGACGUCGAGUGCCAGAUACGUAUCAGUGUGAAGAAUGCAAUCCACGUUUGUUGAAACUUAGCAAAACUCAGGCACGGGCGAUGCAGCUGAAAGUACUUGCUCGGCAGCGCAAAGAAAAAGAAAAGAAACGUCGUCAAAGAGCUAAAGGACACUUUAAAAAAAUUCGAGAAAAAUCUGAUUCUUACGAUGAAACAAAGAAAAAACAAAUACGAGGAAAUUCAUCCAAAGAUUACAUCGAAUGUUUCAAGUAUGAAUACACAAGAUCUGUCAUGGCAUUUUCACGCAAACACGAAGACACGGGUGAUCCUGCGGUAUUGGAAGUGUUGCGAAACAGCGACGGUGUGAGUGUUAUGUAUGUUACGCAGAUGUCUAUGGGUUUAGUUUCGACGCGGCUAUACCAUGUUAAUGAACCAGUAAUGUAUAUUUGUGGUCGCGUAUCGCUUCCUUGUGAAUGUCGUGGUCGAGAAGAGCCAGGAUCGGUCGUACCUUUUGUCACUUUAUACAGUGAUCUAGUGGUUGAGGAAAACAGAGAGCCUACACCAAUUUGUAUUGAUGCUCGCCGUUUCGGUUCAAAAGCGCGGUUUGCUCGUACAUCUUGCCGACCAAACAUCAAGGUACAACAUUUCUUUCUGAAAGGCAAGCUGCAUAUCAUCGGUAUUGCUACUGGAAACAUCGACCGUGGUGAAGAGAUUACUCUUCCGUUUGAUGCCGACUACUUCAUGUCAAAAACAAAACUUGUUUGCGCAUGUUCAGCAGAUGACGAGGAUGAUAGCAAUGUGGAUUGUUUAGUCCGUAACUUUAAUCGAUCACUUGAGCAAAAACAAAAUCUAGUCAGCGCUACGGCUUCGGAUACGGUUUCACAUUCAAUUUUAAAUGUUGGUACCACCUCGAAAGAUCAUGCCAGAAAGCAAUAUAUAGACUUGGAGGUCGAAAAAGUUCAAGCGAAUAUGAAAUCUAAAAAUAUUUCAAGUGGAUCUCGAUAUUCUGCUACAACAUUUUCAUCGAAAAUGACUGUAUCUGAUUACAGUGGUGAAGUUAAUACAGCCAGAACAGUCGAAACAACAAUGGCUGUAACACCAACUGCAGAAGAUGAGAAUGCAACUAAUAAGGAUGUAUUACCAGGCAGUGCUGUAGAGAUGCAAUCCCGUACUCGAGCUACCGUAAGUGGUUCUUCAAGAAAAGCUCGGAGUAAACUACCGAAGAUAUCCCCCAGCACUGCAUCAUACAGGAAAAAAGGCGGCAUCAAAUUACGCUAUCGUGGAGCAGCUAAUUAUAGAACUGUCGAAACAGGACAGGAAGCAUGCACAAAUGAAUGCGAAAAUUCCGUUAUUCCACCAAAGGCGAAAACUGAAAUUAUUAAUAUUGUCAAGGACCCAGUGGAUGUCGACAGCUCACUGAAAAAAGCUUGUUUAUUUAGUAGCGAAACGAAUGUGCAGGCAGAGGAACAGCAUGAGGAAAAACAGCUGGUUGCAUCAAAUAAAGAGUGCGAAUCCGUGGAAGAAAAUAAAUUUAUCACGGAAAAAUUGAGAACACAUACAGAAGCUGAAAUAAGAACUGAAAAUGUGCAAAAAUUAGAUACAAUUGGUGCGGGAUCAGUUGUGACGAAAAAUGUCGGCAGACCUAAAAAGAAACGACGAACUCCUAGUAAUGUGAGGGUUGUUGAUGCAGUUGAUGGGGCAGGGAAAAGUGAAGGAAAUGAACACUUAGCCACUUUGGAUAGUUCAGCGAAGAAGAUGCACAGUAAAAAUGGUAUGCUGGAAGAGGUUGAAAGUGUAAACUAUAUGCUUCCCGAAGAGCGUAAUAAAGCAAUGUCUCGAGAAGAGCGUAAAGUACUGCUAGAGCUUGCACUGUUCGAACGUAUGCAGCAACGUGAGGCGAAACGACAGCAGCAUGUAGCCUGUACACGUGGUACUGGAAGCGCUCGCUCUCGUCUGAGCCAGAAUGGCGCAAAAAAGGCUAAAAACGCGAAAGGCCGACGACGUGUAUCAAGCUCGGAAUGCCCUUCAAAAAUAGCGCUGAAACGAAGUCGUACGAUGAGCGAAGGUGCAAAAUGGCGAGUUAAAUCUGAAGCAGAGCAAGGUCUAAACAGCGACUUGAUUAAAAAGGCGGUCUCGUUUUCGCCUUAUGCUCAAAGCUUAGCUAUUGAAUCAAAGGCAGAAUCCAAAAUGAAGGGAAACAGAGGAGAUAUGACUGCCGAGGUAGAACCACGAGAACUGAAAGUGUUCACUGAUAAUACCGCUCUCAGUUGCAAAAGUUCCGUGCUAUGUGCAAAGAGAAAAAUCCAAAACACAGCCGGUUCCAUUCAGAACAAUGAUACGACUGUUUGCCCUACCGAUGAGGAGCAUAUAAAAGACGAGAUAGAGCCACUAUCGAAAAGAAAGCGCGAAAGUAAUAGAAUGAAUGACAAAAGUAAUUUGGAUAUGUCGGAGAAGGCUUCAUGCAGUUCGAAUUUUGGUAUCACUGAAGAAAUUCGUGCUUUCUUUCGUAAGAUGGUUGAGAUUGAGGCUGCUUGUGAACCAUCGGACUUUUUGCUUGAUUUCCAAACGUUGGAUGGAGUUGAGCUCCCUUCAACUUCUUUGCACGCUGAAUGUAGCAAAAAUCAAGUGAAGGUUGCGGAAGCUCCUAAGAAAAAGAUGUCACUGGAUGAAUAUAAAAAAAGAAAAAGCUCAAAAACCAAUAUGGAUUCGGAGAAAACACCUGCAAUUGUUAUUGAAAAGAAAGCAGAAGAAGGUGAGCACAAGCAGAUCCCAUUGUCUCGUUCUUUCAUUCCGUUAAUGGGUGCCAGUGGAAGUGUUGGAAAGCGCGCAUCACUUCGUCUGGGUGCCCUUCCUGAUCCUGUACAGUUGCGCGCAACUCCAACGCUUUCAAUUGAUGACCUGAAACGUCGUAUUUAUCGGCGAACGACACCUUCAACUGCAGUGACUUCGAAUACUGAUGGUAUUUCACCUUCUUUCAUGGUGCAAAAGAACGCUUCACAUACCUCACCAGGACAGUGCUCUGAAGAAGGACCAACUUCAUUUGCAUUCUCGUCAUCGUCAUGUCGAAGAGAACUACCUUUAAAUAUGACUUUCAAUAAAGACAAGAGGCUCCCGCUCGAAGAGCGAUUACGUUUGGUACUCGGGUGUGGUGAAGGGUACGCUGAUAGGUAUAGUUCAUCUGUAUCUCCAUCAGUUGCUCCUCCACCACCUCCACCGCCUCCUCCUCUUCCUAUCAAGAGUUCAGAAAUACCAAAACUGACAUGCGAUCUCUCUGGUGACGUCCAUGCGGAUAUUCCUCUACCGCCACCACCACCGACAACUACUCCGUCUUGCAGUCAAUCUGAUCAAUGUUCGUAUGAAGCACAUUCGUUGGGACCCCGUAGAGAUUGAAAUUUAUCUUCAUUGUGAGUCGUUCCUGUGAUGGAUGCAUUCAAUCUGAUGUGAUACCACUGGGUUAUUGAAUACGCUCACAGAUAUACUUUCUACCUCUUCGGCACAAUUGGUAUGCUUAUUCUACCUUUCCGGUUUAUAUAAUCAUUGAUAUCAAAAUGCUAACAGUUUCUUUGCUUGGAAUGGAUAAUUUAUGGAUGGUGCGCUGCAAUCUCCGAAUCGCUUUUUCAAUAACUUCAUGUCGUCAUCUAUUCGGUUAUUAAUUGUAAGGAUAAAAAAUUUGUUAUAUCAAAUCCCAUUGUAUCCAUCCCCGUUCAUCCUUUGCUCCAUCACUGCUUUUUCUUUUAAUUUUAAUGAAUUGGUUUUUUAUAUGAUCAUUAUUCUUUAACUAUGAAUAACGUUUGGUCAGUUGCAUUUUUGUGUUGUGUAUACACUUUUUUCUCCAUUUGAUUUGUAUUGGAUGUCGAGUACUUGUUAUUACUCAGGUACCUAGAAGGGCUUUGUGAUUUGUGGGUAUUGUUGUAUUCAGUGACUAGUAUUUUCAUUUGUCACUAAUGCGGUAUGGAUGAGCCCUUCUGUAUUUUUAUGGGUGAAUUGCGAAUUUCAAGGCUAUGAUUUUUUAACCGCUGAUCUCUUUAUGUUCUUUUUUUUCUUUUUUGGCGUAUAGAU